AUGUUCACAACUUUCGACAUCUCAACUUCAAGUUCGCUGUCUAACGGGAAGACUCUGUCCCCGCCGACGUCACAACCCCGCCCCAAGAGAGCUCAAGUCUCACGCGCCUGUGAUUGGUGUCGAUUGACUCGUGUAAAGUGCGAUUCUACUCGACCCUGUCGCAACUGCAAGCAAGCCAAAAGGGAAUGUGUAAACUCGGGUCGCGAUGACUUCAAGAGUGUUGCUGCGGCCACAAAGGAGGUUCAACGAUUGAGAACCCAGGUCCAGGAAUUGGAGAACAAGUUGCUGAGCCCCUCUAUUUCAUCUGGGAGAGGUAACACUGAUUAUAGACGAUCAAAAAGAUGGAAGGGUGUGCGGAUCAAUGGUGUCCAGUAUGGAUCAUCUUCACUCGCGUAUUUCUCUCAUCGACUGUCAGCAUUCAUCGAGACGGAUUUAGAGCCAAAGGCUUCAUCAAAGUCACACCCAUCGCCUCCAUCAACACCAUCCAAUUGCGACCGCCUUCAGCGUGAGCAACAAGAUGCAUUGCUCGACCUUUACUGGCAGGGUUACCACGCCAUUUAUCCUGUGCUCGAAGAGGCUGCGUUUCGGCAACAUUAUGAUUCUCUAUGGCACGGAAAUAUGAGGCAGGCAUGUCCAUUGGUCGACAUUGUGAUUGCGCUAUGCAUCCAAUUCGGCUCCUCCUACACAGCUAACGAUACGCUUGUCAUGCCUGAUCAGCCUGGAUACGACUUUUACCUUCAAGCACAGCGGUCCUUGAAUUCUAGCUUGGAGGCGCCGACAUUCAUAUCGGUUCAGUGUUAUUUUCUUAGUACCAUAUACCUCUUGGCUUUCAAACAGACCAAUUCGGCUUACAUGAUGAUGCGGUCAGCAGUAGCAGCAGCCGAAUCUCUUGGCCUACAAUUCGAUUACAAUGAUGAUGACACUCGGGUCAACACUGAUAUCCCGUCGACAAGCGUGGGCCCUAGACUAUGGCGAUGUUUAGUCACAUUAGACACACAAAUCUCACUGGACUUGGGCCAUCCUUUUGCAGUAGCAAACAUUCAACCACAAGAUCAAGCAGAAACAGAAUCUGACGAGGUUGCCCAACUUGCUGGUCCAAACUUUGACUUUGGCAAAUCCGACAUCAACUGGCUUCGUUUUGUGCACGAGAGACAAGUUCUCUUCCAGAUCGCUCGCGAAAUUAAUAAUGAAUUAGAGGCAGUGGUAGAGGGUACCCUUGAGGAAAUUCAACAGACCGACUUUUAUCAACAUCCUGCAUCGCGCGAGACAUGCGCAAAAUAUCUGUCCGAACAGCUCAAACGUCUCAAGGCAUGGGUCGAAGAAUUGCCAGAAAGUCUCAAGACGCCAAGGGUACAAGGUGUACCGUUCUCAGUCGACCGCUCCAAACUCAACCUUAGCCAGACAGAUCCCCUAUGGCUACAAAGGCAGCGCCUGGUGCUGGAACUGGAUUAUCACUCUCUGGCCAUCAUGCUCACUCGAACUUUCAACUCUUUUCUGCCGACACCAGCCCUCGGGACCUUUAACAGCGACAACCACUGCAUCACUUCUGUCAACUCUGGCAUCAUGAUGACACUAAUGCUACAACAGAUUCUCGGUGGUUCGGAAAUCCUUGCCGGCUUCUUUCAAGUUGUUGGCUGGCAACGUACCGCAACAUUUGCUCUAGCUGGCUUCGCUUGCGGCUAUCCCAUCUGUCCGUUGUCUCCUAUAGCACGAAAGAUAUUACCACGAGCCGCGCGAGUCUUUGAGAUUGCCGGCAGUCGAGAAGAUGCACAGUUAGCCGACACCCUCAAGACAAAGUGCUUCGAGAUAGUACAGGUUUUCUGCACUAGAAUCGGUAUAGCUACGCCUGCGACGACACCAGCCGAUACCGACAAGGACGUAGAGAGUGUAGAUGAACCUAUGGAGCCGAGUAGCUACCAGGUCAUGGGUAUUGGGGAGGAAGCUUUGGUUAAUGCCGGUUUCGACAAUAUAAUGGACAAUGAGCUCUGGACAACAGAUUCGCCAGGCGGGCUUUUAUGGGGCGACUUGAUGAAAGACUUGGACUCGGGUUUGGCGUCAUCACUUGGUCAUUUUGGAGUGCGGGAUCAAGACAAUGUUUAA